AUGGGUAAACCCCGUGGUAUACGGACGGCGCGGAAGCACGUGGACCACCGCCGCAAACAACGAUGGGCAGAUAAAGAUUACAAAAAGGCUCACAUGGGCACGAGAUGGAAGGCCAAUCCCUUCGGUGGUGCAUCUCACGCUAAGGGCAUCGUCCUAGAAAAAGUUGGUGUUGAAGCCAAGCAACCUAACUCUGCUAUCCGCAAGUGUGUCAGAGUGCAACUGAUCAAAAACGGCAAGAAAGUGACAGCAUUCGUGCCCCGUGACGGUUGUUUGAACCAUAUUGAAGAGAAUGAUGAAGUGCUAGUAGCAGGUUUCGGUCGUAAGGGUCAUGCUGUUGGUGACAUUCCCGGUGUCAGGUUUAAGGUGGUAAAGGUAGCCAAUGUCUCACUCCUCGCCCUGUACAAAGAGAAAAAAGAGAGACCAAGAUCGUUUCCUUCUGAUCCGAUCAUUGCAGAUCGUUGGACAGAAAAAAUCAGACGCAAUCGAAAUGAUAGCAGUUGGAAGCCCACUAAAAAUACAAAAAUUUGUUCUUUACAUUUUGAGGAUGAAGUAAAGUAUAUUACUAAAGGUGGCCUAUGUAGAUUUCGCAAGGGUGCAGUUCCAACUAAGGAUCUUCCCGUUUUUAGCACGGAAGAGAAGAGUGAUGAUUUAAGUCAAGAGCAAAAUCAACCUCAGCCGGGAGCCUCAGGUUGUGAGACGGACAAAAAUGUUAAUCUAAGCGCUUCAAUGACACCUUUAUCUUCAGAACUAGAUUCUAUUUUCGAUUCACCUAAAAAGGCUUCACUACGGAGACAACUAAGGAAAAAGAUCUUGUUGCAACAAAAACACAGUAGAAAGAUUAAGACUCUGAAGCAAAAAAAUCGACGCUUAAAGAAAAUAAAUGCCACUCUUAAAAAUAUUUUAGUAGACUUACGGAAGAAAAGAUAUAUUAAUAAUGACAUAUCCAAUAUUUUGUCGGAAAAUCAAAAAUUUCUAACUCGUGGUGGUAGAAUUUUAGCGCUUGUGCCUGCUGAGCAUGCACCCUCUGACGGUAGCGAAAGUUCUGACGACGAAUUACGUGUGCGCACCCCACUUUCCGCGACAUCUUCCUCUGCACCUUCUAUAGAUAGCUCAAUGGAAAGGCUCAAUAUUUUAGAUGAUGAUGAAGACCGCUCCGACCAGAAUGUUCGACUCACACCAAUUUUUCGAAGCGUAUAUUCAAGCCCGUCCCUAGAACCAAAUUGUAAAAAAGUGCCAAUCCUGAGUGACAUUCCGUCACUCCCAGCAACUCCCGCUACUCCUGCAACCCCAGCAACCCCUGCACUUUCUGAACCCCCGGCACCGCCUGAACCGCAAGUGGCUCCAUAA